UCGCGCUCUGUCACAAAGUCAUAAACAUUUUCUUUCGUCAAGGGCCACCAUCUUUUGUCGUCGCGGGUCUUUGAAGCGCAUAGACUUGUAACAAAGACUGCCAAAGGGUGCACCGGUAAGACAUGACUAGGAAACUCCGUGCCGCUCACUUGAUUUCAUGAUGUUAAGCCCUUCUGAGCGUGAGUUUCUAUAAUGAUGGCGAAGCUCGAAACCAUUGCCCAUCAUCAAUAUUCAUUAUGCCAAAGCACAUUGGACGACUCAAAAAGAAGAAACAAUAAACUAUAUCGGGUCACAGCUGGUGAUUCCACACAUAAUGCAAGCCCACUGCUGUGGAUGACGCUGCAAUUCAUGGGAUUUAGUGACCUUCCAACUGAGCUCGCCCUCCUUAUCUUCAAAUAUGCAGCGCGACCAAAUUUUGCUCAACCUGACACUCACACUCCCAAAAAUCCAUACUCAUCUGCCCUUUCAUUAUCUUACGUCUCCAAAGUUGUCAGGCGCACCGUGCUGCCUGAACUUCUGUAUACAGUAUCAUUGCCAGAAGCUCGCCACGUAGCAGCUUUCAUACUGGCUCUACGUACGCAGAAAAAAUACGUCGAUCGUGAUUUAUCUCUUGAUUAUGCAUCUUGCGUGCACAGGAUGUGGAUCGGAGAGUGUCGGGGACCUUUGCGAGACUCAAAUGCUCCCUUCAUCACCAACUUUACCCCUUCUGCGGCUGAGCCUGACUCGGAGCCAGAUGUCAGCCUGCUAGCUCCGGUGAUCCUCGCUGUACCGUCUCUCGCGAUCGAAUUUGUCAGUCUGGACAUUCUUUUAGGUUGCCUCAAAUAUGUGUGUAACUCCGAUGUCGACUUGAAUGUUGACCACAUAAAUUCCCCGCUUCCUUGGAGCACAAAAAGCUUGACGCUAUCGGGUAGUAUCUCUUUUCGAUGGUGGUCCUUCAUGGGAACUAUCCAUGGAUAUACUUUCCUCACUUCCAUCCAACACCUCACCUUACUCUCUUCCGACACAUGCUACGAAACACAUCAGCACUUCGCUGGCGACUGCGCCAACGACAUUGAACCUCAAGACUCUGAACCCUACACAGUGCCUUUUUGGAUGGCACGGGCUCCUUUCAAGAAACUUCAGACGUUUUCUAGGCUCAUUCCACACAGGGAACAGGUGGUCGCUGAAUGUGUCCCCGCGUCUAGUGCAAAGGCAAUAUGGGUGGAGCUGAUCACAUUCCCUGCUUCCCUACUACCGGACCAUUGGACACUCCAGGAAAUCAAGACGUUUAUGGAGACUCAGGCCCAGGUGGGAUCCAUUCCAUCUAUUCCACUACCAGUGUCCUGUUCUCGCAGGUUGUGUGUACUUUGUCUGGACCGCGAAAAGAUUUGGGCAUAUGGAUGUGAGGGCCCCGGGCCACUGGUACAGGCGUCCGCCUGAUUAUUAAAUAUAUGUACUCCUUCGCAAUCGGUUGUCUGAUAUACUAUACACUUGAACACGAUCAAAGCUUUUGUUAUGGUUCUGACUAGCAGCUGUGGUUGUUCCUUAUUUAAUGUCUGCUGUGACCAAUUCAACAAUAAGUACUAGUGGUUUAACUUGUCUCCAAUUCCGCAUCGGUAAGCGAGCAAUUCUCAUUAGUCAGGACCUUAACAAAUCGUUCAUCAGGCUGCGCAUGACGUCCAUCAGAAGACGGUAUCCGCAGCAGAUGCGGUUCUUGUUCUUCUUGCGGGUGCUAUUUCUUCCGCUAGCACUGAGGAUUGAUCGAUCACCCUGAUUAUGUGCGCAUGCACCUUCGGUUAAUGAAGUCAGCCGGCGUUAUGGUGUAUAUGAUUGACCAAAACC